AACCGGGCUUUUGGAAAAGAAAAUAUCUGUCUGUCAUUUCCGUCUCGACACUCCAAAUUAACACACCGAUAUUUCGCCCCUGCACCAUGUGUGAGUGACUACGAAAUGUUGCCUGUCGAAGGAAUGAACACCUGUUGAAUAUCACAUACAUGUACGACGUAGAUCUGACCACCGAAAUGUAGGCGGCUCAUCGAUUUUAACAAACGCACAUUAUUUUAUAGUUCUAUGUUCCGGUCGCUUGUACGGGAGGGAGGUCGCAUCUCUUUAAUACAAGGCGAUUUCACACGACUGUUAAGAUCGUCACUCACCGGAACCGAUCGGCCGAUUCCGAUGCUUUCGUCGGCCAGUGUCACACGUUAUACACGAAAGUAACGCUUGAUCAGAAAGAGUCGUGUGAUUACAGGUUUUGUCUGCCCGGUCCGGAAUACAACAGGACGUCUGCGAUUUUUGUUAUUUAUUUUAUUGACAGCGAGCUUGGGCAGUGAAAGGCUUUUGUACUCAGUAGAGGUAUCUGUUGGUAAAGAAGUGUUAUUUUGAAACUAGAUAUAUGACUUUUAUCUUUCUAUUGGAUCUACCAGCUGUUGUUUUCACCUGGAGUUACCUGACGUAUUCCGAAGUUUUUCGUGCUCUAAAUGAACUUGUCGGUGUAGUUUUCUCGGUUUGUCAAUUUCUGUUAUUGAUCAGAGUUCGUGCUGAACUUUGACCUGUGUGAUUUUGGAACGAUAGCUUUUGAGGACCAAUGAAAAAAGGAUUUACAAUUACAGGAACCACAUGAAUAAUCUCAGGAUUUAUAGUCACAACAUGACAGUGUAUUUAACAUUUCAAUCUACGUAUGCUUUAAGACCACAUAUGGCACUAUUUGGAACAACUCAUUGCCAGUUUUAAGACAUACGUCACUUGUUACCAAGUCUUUCUAAAUGCAAUAUUUGGAAAGCGUUAACCAUUUCAGUUCUGCGACUAAAAACUUUACUGUGUUAAAAUAGUUCUGGAAGGCUGAUUCCAUAUUCCACUUCUGUUGUAAGCAUCAUAUUAUGAUUGUAUAAACUGGUAUUACCUAAAAUGGGAUCAGGUAUGAUCUAAUUGAAAUUAUGGAUGAUGUUGUAUCUUGUAACAGCACUGUCGGCGAAGCAUUAUAGAAUUACGCUGGUAUCUGAAUUUUACAUCAACAAUAAAUACCUUAAACAAUGAUCUGAUUCGAUUUCGAAAUGGCGCAACAUCUGUUGCUUACGCAUUAUAUUGUGCAUGAACGUAUUUAUUGGAAGAAAAUGUAUGCAUAAAUGACCAAAUAUUAGGGUAAUUACUUCGAACAAAAAUGCAAAGACGUCUGCUGUUAAAUAUUUCAGACGAUUACAUAUUCAAUGGUUUUAAUUAAGAAAAUAGACGAUACAACUAGCACAUUUUCAAAUUACGGAAGCAGACGACAAAAUAUGCAAAUAUUUGGAUAACUGUUCUAGGCAGACGAUAAAAUCAGCAAAUUUUGGAAUUACGGAAAUGGACAAAAUAUACAAAUAUCUGGAUACCAAAAACAGACAACAGUAUUACCAAAUUUUGGAAUUACGGAAGAAGGCGACAAAGUAAUCAAAUAUUUGGACUGACCGUUCUAAACAGACGAUAGAAAUAGCAAAUUUUCCAAUUAUGGAAAUGGACAACAAAAUAUACAAAUAAUGUUCCAGCAGAAAUAGAUACUAUUAUUAGCAAAUUUUGGAAUUACUGAAGCAGACGACAGAAGUAUCUAGGGACACGAUGCAAUGACUGGAGAUGCAGAUUUAGAUGUUUCUCGUCUGAUUGAGAUUCUUAAUCUGGGCGGAGCGAACACUUCUCUAACCAGAGACCAGCUGGCAGAGGUGUCUGGAAAUCUGAACAUUUCGUCUGACGAACUGGACAUCAUCUUCGACGUCCUCGAUCAUGACAAUGACGGCGUCAUCACCGUCGAGGACUUGAGGACCCAGCUCGAGGACGACAGCCUCUCUGGCAGCAGUCAGUGCUCGAGUACGCCAAAAGCUCGCAAGAAUGUUAAAAGAAGAACAGAUUUACCAUUCAAACCAUCCGAUCUGUCUCUUCUGUCGGAAGAAUGCCAGGACCAAGUGUGUGAACUGUACCAAAAGCUGCACGCGGCGGAAAAUCCCGAACUCCUGACGCAGUUCGAAAACAUCAUCCUAAAAGUGAUCGAAGAUGUCCGGCAGUAUCAGUGGGACAAUGAGAGGCUGGAGAAGUCCUACAAACGAGAGAAGGAGCUCCAUGACCAACACCUGCGCUCCCUGGAGGAGGAGAUGGACUCGCAGAUGCAGAAGGUCGAAGAGAGAGUCAGAAAAGAGGAACAAGAGAAGAAGGAGUUGGAAAUGGCCGAACUUCGAAAACAACUUGACAACGAGAUUGUGACGCUUCAGACGAACCUCAAACGAAUGCAGAGCGAAGGACUGGAUAAGUUCGGAAAAGUGGCCGAAGAACAAAUGCAGGAACUGAAGAAGAGGCUGGAGGAUAUCCAGUACGAGAACCGCCAGCUGAAGAGCGAACUGACAGACACACAGACGAACCUGGCACUCGUCAGGAGCGAGCUGGCGGCCAUUAAACAGAACUAUAACGAGAAGUGUAGAGAACUCGAGCUGGUGAAGGUCAGUGACAUGGACUACAUUCGGGAAAUCGACAACCUCACCAAACAGCUUCACCUGCUACAUGACGCCAACAAGAAACUCCAUGACACGAAUGACGACCUGAGAGAAGCGUUGAGCAACAACAUUGCGUGUCACAAACGACAGCUGUCGACGGAUUCUGUGACCAGUGGACACAGUGGUCACUCUCCCAGGAGUCGUCGCAAAGGAUCCGUGAUGAGCGAUUACUUCGAUACUACGACGGGCAGGCACCCCAUGACUCGACAGGCCUCGGAUAUGAGUUGCGGGUCAACACUAGCAGAGGAGUUGGAGGGGAUGGAGAGCGAUCGAGAAAUGAUACAGCGUAACCUUCUGCUACACAAACAACGUUUAGAGGAGCCAGAGGACAUGGAUAGCGGCCACUCCACCAUGCGGGACUUCAACGAACUGGACACGGAGUCGGAGUGCACGAGCGUCAGCUGUGAGGAACGAACGCGAAGACGACACAAGAAACUGAAGCCGGGAUACCUCGGAGAGGAGGAUGAGUGUGAAUCUCAUGAUGAACUAGACACUGACAAUGAGGAAUUGACAGACGCAGAUCUCUUCAAGAUGGUGCAGACGAAGAAACUUGGUUCUGCCGGAAGUCGAGGAUCUCGCGGAAGUCUCCGAUCUUUACCGAGAGACGGAAGCCGAUCUCCCAAAACUGGCCGGAAGUCUAUGCGCCGACAACUACCGACGUCACCACAAGAUCAGCUGAGUUGUCGGAUAAACCGCGAGCCGGAGCGGAUGUACAAGGUGGUGCUGGCCGGGGACGCGGCGGUGGGCAAGUCGAGUCUCAUCAUGCGGCUGUGUAAAGGGAAGUUCGUCAACAACCUCAGCUCAACACUAGGUGUUGACUUUCAAACAAAGGUAAUUGAAGUUGAUGGAAGAAUCGUUGCUCUGCAGCUUUGGGACACUGCUGGUCAGGAAAGAUUUCGAAGCAUCGCUAAGUCCUACUUUCGACGUGCAGAUGGCGUGUUGUGUCUGUAUGACGUCACAUACGAGAGGUCGUUUCUGAAUAUCCGUGAUUGGAUCGAGGCUAUAGAGGACGGAGCCCAGAAAAGAAUACCAAUCAUGUUUGUUGGGAACAAAAUCGAUGCUCGUCAGGAGAUGGAACAGCAAGGAAGAAGAGUUGUCACUUAUGCUGAUGGUCAAAGACUGGCCAGGGAGUUUGAAGGUCUUUUCAUUGAAACGAGUGCUAAAGAUGGUACAAACAUCUUGGAAUCUGUUAUUGAACUUACGAGGUUACUACGCACUAACGAAGAUUUGGAAGUGAAGACAGUUGGAAUGCAGUUACAGGACAUGUCAGAAAAAAGAUCAAGUUCUUGUUGCAGUCGCUAGGGACAAUCUCCAAGUGUUCUGACGUCACAGUACUUGUGAUUACAUUACAAAGAUUAAAGAAAUCAGUCGUGAGAUUUUGGUGCCAAAUUUAUGAUCUCUGUUAAAUAUUUAUCAUUAUGUCUAAAAAGAAAAAGAAAGAAAUUUUUUCAUAAAAGAUAAAACAUAAAUCGCUCUUUUAUGCAUCAAUAUAUUUAUAACCCUUUGUUUUGUAGUACGUAAAAUUGUUUAUUAUAUUUGUGUUAAACAUGUGUUAUUAUGUCUGAAAAGAAAUAAAAACAAAUUUUUGCAUCAAAGUUAAACUAUCAAUCUCUUGAUUUAUUACUUUUAUGCAUCAAUAUAUUUAUAAUCCUUUGUUUUGUAGUACGUAAAAUUGUUUAUUAUAUUUUUUAAUUAUUUUUAUAGCACGUUUUACGAAACUAUCACUACAAAUUUAUCACUGUGAAACUAGCUUUGCAUUUACGUUCUGACGUCAUUAGGUUUGGCGCUAAAAUCGAACACGGUUUUCUUUAAGAAUCUUGCAGUAAUCACGUGGAUUUAUUUAUAACAGAAUGCUGGCCACUCUGUUGUUAUUGUUGUAUAUCGUAGAACUAGCAAUACAUCUUGUUUUUUAUUAUGGACAAUGUAUAGCAUGCCAUUUAGGUAAUCACGUUAGUGUUUAAAUAUGACAGAUGAAGAUAUGUCUGUCUGCUGGGUAAAGUUAGUAGUGUUAGGGUCUCUUUUACAUUUUCAUAAUCAUUAUACUGUCAUUUAUUCAUUCAUCAUCAUUGUAAUUGUUGUAUAGCAUUUUGACUAACUUCAUCAAAAAUCAUAUUAAAAUGCAUGACAUUCCAAUUUGGUUGUUCAAAAAAUAAUGCUAUUAGGAUGGGUGAUAUGAACGACAUAAUAUAUGCUGGUUUAAUGAGCUGGUGGAGUUACAGGGUGGGCGCACUUAGCGUAUGCCCAUUUAUUUGUGUGGAAUAUCGGGGGAAAUGUACUAUGUAAAACCAGUCAGGACUCCAACAAAAAGAGGAAUCUUUAAAGGCGCCACCAGUUAAAAUGUCCUCUAUCCGCCCAUGUGACGAAUAACUCUUAACGCACGAACAGCUCUAUGUAUAUCAGCCGUUCGAAGGAUGGAAGGAAAUGGUUUAUUUAACGACGCACUCAACACAUUUUAUUUACAAUUAUAUGGCGUCGGACAUAUGGUUAAGGACCACACAGAUAUUUGAGGAAGAAAACCCGCUGUCGCCAC